AUUUCUUUUAAGUGGUUAAGUGGUAGUUUAUUUUCUUGCCGCGUUUGUUUUUAUAAAAAUAUAAACUAAAAACUAAAUUCUUAAUUAAACAAGAAACAAAUUAAAUAAAAAUGACUAAAUUCGAACCCCGUGUGAAGAAACCGAAAAUCGACUACGAAGAUGAAGAUGAACUCGAAACACCAUCAGCAUUUAAUCCCAAAUUUAGAGUCUGUCCAUAUCUCGACACUAUCAACCGACCACUCCUCGAUUUUGAUUUCGAAAAACUUUGCUCAAUUUCCCUAACCCGAAUAAACGUUUACGCUUGCCUUGUCUGUGGCAAAUACUUCCAAGGCCGAGGUACAAACACUCAUGCCUACACUCAUUCUGUUUCCGAAUCCCAUCAUGUUUUCUUAAACUUGCAAACCCUUCGUUUCUAUUGUCUCCCUGAUAAUUAUGAAAUUAUUGAUUCAUCUCUCGAUGAUAUUAAAUACGUCCUAAAUCCCACUUUCAGUGUCAAAGAUAUAAAAAAUCUUGACAAUCCUUUAGUAAAGUAUUCACGAACUGUCGAUGGAACUUUAUAUCUUCCUGGCGUUGUUGGUCUUAAUAAUAUCAAAGCAAAUGACUAUUGCAACGUUGUGUUGCAUGCUUUGUCUCAUGUUGGUCCACUAAGAAACUACUUCCUUCGGGAAGAGAGUUAUGCCAAAAUACGUCGUCCUCCGGGUGAUUCCAUAUUCACACUUGUCCAAAGAUUUGGCGAGUUGAUGAGGAAAAUGUGGAAUCCCAGGAACUUCAAAGCACACGUCUCGCCUCAUGAAAUGUUGCAGGCAGUUGUUCUUUGGAGUAAUAAACGAUUCCAAAUCACUGAACAAGGUGAUCCUAUUGAUUUUCUUUCAUGGUUUUUGCAUUCGUUACAUCGUGCAAUGAAGGGAACCAAGAAAGCAGACUCGUCAAUUAUUUAUAAGAUAUUUCUGGGGGAAAUGAAGAUAUUCACUAGAAAAAUUCCACCUGUUGAAUUGGAUGAUACUCAAAAGGCACUCCUUUUAGCCACGGAAGAGUAUCAGGAAAAGUGUGAGGAUUCAAACUUUCUCUAUUUGACUUGCGAUUUACCACCUCCGCCAUUGUUUACUGAUGAAUUCAGAGAGAAUAUUAUUCCUCAGGUGAAUUUGUAUCAACUUUUAUCGAAAUUUAAUGGGACAAUGGACAAAGAAUACAAGACUUAUAAAGAUAAUUAUUUGAAACGAUUUGAGAUUACCCGAUUGCCGCAGUAUAUAAUUUUGUAUAUCAAACGGUUUACGAAGAAUACCUUCUUUUUGGAGAAGAAUCCAACUAUAGUUAAUUUUCCUAUUAAAAAUGUAGAUUUCGGUGAUAUACUUACACAAGAAAAUAGAGACAGACAUAAGAAUACUAAAUAUAGUCUGGUGGCGAAUAUUGUUCAUGAUGGUGAACCUGGAAAGGGUACAUUCCGUGCUCAUAUAUUGCAUAAAGCCAAUGGACAGUGGUAUGAAAUGCAAGAUUUGCAUGUAACGGAGAUUUUACCACAAAUGAUAACAUUAACUGAAUCUUAUAUACAAAUAUACGAGAUGAGUAAUGACUGAAGAUGUUUAACUAGUCAAAA